GUUUUAUUAUAACUUAUAUUAAAUGUUAUCUAUAUGCUUGACAAUACAAAUAAUUACAUGAGUAUGUAACUUAUCACAUUACUUUUCUAAUUGAGAUCCCUUUGCCAAUUAAUAUGCAUACGAAUUGAUUGUGAAUACGGGCUUUCACACUUACUAUGUGCAGCAGCUAAUAUUGACCACUAAUAAAAGGUACCAUUUGAUUUCUUCUCUGGUAACAAUUCAAGACAUACCAUCCUCAUGUCUAGCGAAAUGACAUCAAAGGCAGUUUCAGAACCAUUAGAUACAGCGGCCGUAGCAGCGGCAGGUAAAGCAUUUCGAAUGAGUGAUGGUGAUUGGAUCUGUCCAAAUACUCAAUGUGCAAAUAUAAACUUUGCUCGUCGUACACAUUGUAACCGAUGUAAUAAAGAACGUGAAGAUUUACCAAUAAAAAAAAAAGCAGGUGCUGAAAUUGGCAAGGCUGCUGCUGAAAAAAGUAAAGGACUUUUUUCAGCUGAUGACUGGCAAUGUAGUAAAUGUGGUAAUGUAAAUUGGGCACGUCGAUCUCAAUGUAAUAUGUGUAAUGCACCUAAAUUUGCGGAUCCAGAAGAACGUACUGGUUAUGGUGGUGGUUACAAUGACAGAGGAGUUGUUGAGUAUGUAAAGCGAGAAGAAUCAGAUGAUGAAUAUGAUGAGUUUGGUCGCAAGAAAAAAAAACAAAAACGAGGAAAUGGUUCUAUAAGUGAAGAUUCUAAUAGUCAAAAUGGUAAAGAUGAAGAAAGCGAUAGAGGAAAAAAUAAAAUUUGGUCAAAAACUGUUGUAGAAGAUGAAAUAGAUGAUGAUGAUGAUGAUGAUGAUGAUGAUGACGAUGAUGAAGAAGGAGAUCUUUCAAAGUAUGAUUUAUCUGAAUGGGAUGAUUUAGCAGUUUUAGUCAAAAAAGAUAAAUCAAGAUCCAGAUCAAGAUCACCUAUAAAAUAAUAUUUAUAAAAAUAUCUUUUGCUGCUGUUUCUGAAAUUGUUGACAAGUCUACAUGAAUAUUUUCCAACCAAUCCAUUAUCCCGCAAAUAUAGUUAAUAGUUUAUGAUGUUUUUUUUAACUCUAUUUUUAACUUUUUACUGUUACAUAUUUUUAUUUUGUCAUUAAAUGUAUUGCAUUAAAAACCAAAUACAUACUUAAUCUAAAACUAUGUCAUUAAUUAAGUUGUACAGUCAGAAAUAUUUUAAAUUAUUCCAAUCUUAUUUGUGUGCAUAUAU